UACCUCGAGGAUUUGUAUUUCUCGGGGCACGACCACGACUCGGGCGAGAAGGUUAUUGCAGCCCUAGAGUACAGGACCCCAGGGACUCGCAGCGGCAAGGUCCUGGAGCGGACCAAGAUGGCGCUGAAGGGCUUCAGGCGCCUACCUCCAGCCCUCCACAUCGGCGAGCUGGAGUUCGCGCGGUGUCUGAUCUUCCUGUUUCGCGCGUACCUGAGGCCGAACGAGUGCUUGGGACUACGGGUCCACCAGUUGAUUCCGCCGCUGCCCAGCUCGGGCACCAAGUACUGGGCUCUGCCACUGGCACCAGAGGAGGAGGCCACCCCCACGAAGACCAAGGAGUUCGACGAGAGCCUGUUGCUCGACAGUCCCGAGCUGGUCUUUCUGUACCCGCGGUUCUCGACCUUGAAGAAGCGCUCUGGCCACGAGAACGUCUGGUCCUUCGACUAUCGGAAGUUCUCGAACCUCUUCAAACGCGUGGCCGGGCUCGUGGGCAUGGGUCAGUCAAACCUCCACCCGUACAUGAUGAGACAUGGGGGCGCCAGCGACGACGCCCUGAGGCAGACCCGCAGCAUGGGGGCCAUCAGGCGUCGGGGGCGUUGGGCAGCGGACGCAUCGGUGAAGCGAUGCGAGAAGCACGCCAGAGUGCUCAAGUCGCUAGAGUGCCUGCCCGAGAAGGCGCGCGACUACGGGAUCACCGUGGAGCGCCAGCUAAAGGCUCUCUUGUCACUGAAGGUGCGCGUGCCCGCGCCACCCGGCCUGGUCAUGAAGCGGCUACGUCCCGCCCAGGAGUAA